AUGGCUGAAAUUACCAAUCAGCCAACAGGAGAGGUCAGUGACAGAGAUGAUUGGAUCAUUCAGUCACCUGGUGGCCAAGACCAUGGUGCAGCCGAAGGCCAGAAAACCACUGGGCAACUUUUUCUUAUCUUAAGAGAGCUAGAAACCAAACUUAGAGACACUCAGAAAGAGCUGGAGGUCCUGAAGUCACAGGUUCAAGGCAACAAGGUAGCAUUUGGUGCAUCAAUAAGUGUAGGUGGAAAUAUUGGACCUUUUAAUACCCACACCAUACUGGUCUACAAAAAGGUCUACAUGAACACAGGAUCAUUCAACCCGGGAACAGGUAUUUUUACGGCUCCUGUCAAAGGAGUCUAUUACUUCAGCUUCUCUGGACACAAUCAGUCAUCUAAAUCAAUGUGCCUGCAACUGAUGAAGAAUGGAGAGCAGAUGGUCACUGUCUAUAAUCAUCCUGCUGGAAACCGUUCUGAGACAGCAACCAAUGGGAUGACUCUGCAGCUUGAAGUUGGAGACCAGGUUUACAUGAGGCUGUAUCAAAACACCUGGAUUUUUGACAAUUCAAAUGAUCAUAGCACAUUUAUUGGCCAUUUAUUAUUCCCUCUGUAAGGGUUGUGAACGAUUAACAUCUUUUAUUAAAACUAAAAGGACAAAAGUGAAUUAGAGUUUGUUUUCAGUAAUUUUUAGUAAAAAUACUUCUUGUUAGAGGCAUAUUUUAGAACACAAUUAGAAUCUGUUUAUAUUGUGUCUUAAAUGUGAGAACCUAUUCAAAACACCUGGAUUUUUGAUAAUGGAGGUGAUCAUAGCAUCUUUCUUGGCCAUUUAUUAGUGUUCCCUCUGUAAAGGUGGUGAACAAUUAUAGUAACUUAAAAGGCUUAAGUUAAAGACAAAAGAACUAAAGAAAUUGAUUUCCGUUAUAUUGCUUAGCAAAAACAAUAUAUCUUGAGGCAGAUUUUAGAGAACAUUUUAAUCUGUGCAUAUUAUGUAUUAAAUGUGAGAUAAAAUGUGAUGUAUGCAUGUUCGAGU